GAUUAGUUUCGAGUGCAGAGUGCUGCAUUUAUAAUUCAAAUAAACAUGAACUUAGACUUGCGCAAGCUGUGCCGGAUUUGCUUUUCAGACAGUCCAGAUGUAGACAUAACACAGCACAAAGUCGUGACUACUGCCCCAUCUAGUGAGGGCGACUUUGAAGAGGAGAUAUCAAUAUCUGAAAUGAUGCAGGCCAUGUUGUUAAAUUCAUUGGACUUAACAACAGAACUACCCAUGAUAUGUAAUGCAUGCUUGGAAGAGUGUUUGGUGCAUUAUACGUACUUUAGCAAGCUGAUGAUUGCCAAUCGGCAGUUGCGUCAAUUGUACAGCGAAGCACAAGAGAAACGCAUGGAAGUUGAAGAAGCUAAAAUUCUCCAACCGCAGUCAUUAACAGCUAAAGAUCCCAAAGAGGUGCAGCCAACGUUAGAGGUAGAAGCAAGCAUAACACGCUCACCACGCCGUCUGGCUAAUGAAGAUUCGCUGAUUGUCUCGGAAUUUCUACCAGCCACGGAACUGAAUGAGGAGUGUCAAACAGAUUUGCAGAAUUUCCCCAGCUUUGAGCUGCGGACGCUAGACUAUGCUGCAGUGGAGCUCAAGCAUGAUAAUCUGGAUGAAUAUAAUGAAACGAAUCGCUUGCUAAAUGCGGAGCCCAGUGGCAGUCUAGCUGUAUACAAAUGCAAAUACUGCCCACUUGCCUAUGCCUCUCAGCAGUUUCUUAAAACGCAUGUGCGCAAAUCUCACGUGUGUAAGUACUGCACUACAGCUUUUGUCAAGGUGAAGGAUCUGAAUGCGCAUAUAAGAGAUAAACAUACGAACAAUCAUCAGUGUGUGGUCUGCAUGAGCAGUUUCAGCACCAGCAGCAAUCUACGCGCUCAUCUUAAGCGCAUGCACGGCGUGCAGUUGCCUGCCCAAGUGGCGCUGCUGGACUAUAGACCAGCCCAACAGAAUAAAUAG